AUGGGCCUCUUCACGAGAAAAAAGGUCGACGGCGAGGUCGGCACAGAUAUGCCAACCAGCGACACCACGGCGUCUGGUACUACGAACGGCAAGACAGGAAUAAGCAGAUUUGGCAGACGUCGCAAGGAUGCUACUGUCAUGCCAGCAUCUCGCUCUGCCACUGCUGGAGCUGUUUCCCACAAAGCCAUGCGUCUUGUACAGCUCCUGCUAGCCAUUUUGAUUCUUGGACUCAUAGCCUAUGCUGUCAACAUCUACCAGGCCACAUUCUUGCAAUCUGCAUACAUACCUGCACUGGUGGCUGCUAUACUAACCAUUCUAGCCACCAUCCCUUUGGCUUUCUUGUCACGCCCGCCUGGUCUGUCCUCGCAUCGUCUCUCUGCUGGAUCGGUCGACUUGUUCUUUGCACUGUUCUGGCUGGCCAUCAUGGCUGAGCUUGCCGCGUACAGUGAUGUGGCAGCGCCUAGGUCUCUCUCAUACUAUACUGGUGGCUUCGAUCAACAGACGAAUGGCAACGCUGAGUAUGCGGCCUACAACGGCACCAUCAGCAAACUCAAGACAGCAUGGGCGUGUGGAGCUGCGGCAGCUGCGUUUGCUGGAGUCGAAUUGUGA